UUAUUAUACUCCAGUGGCCAGCCAGUGCCUUGUGUAUGUGUAAGGUUGUUUACCGCAUAGAAGCUUUCAUUCCGUUCUCUGGUUAGAAACUCCGGCUCUCAACGGCGCUGUAUUUUACCUUAGCUUUACUCCGUUCGCGAGUGUCAGACGUCAAACAGGAGCAAUUUGAUGAGACGAAACAGGAAAAAAGUGCCUUAUGAGUGAAUAAUAAAACAUUUGGGUGAAAACUCGACAUCUUAUUUAGUGUGAAGAAUAAGGAGAGUUCUACUGCGAGCGAUGAGUUCAAACGCAGAUGAAACCGAUCGUAGCGCGGUGACUAAUGGUAACCAGCAGCAAAACAAUGUAACAGUACCAACGGAAUCUCAGACCACCGCACCUACAAUCCAAGAAACAUCACUGUCCACGAUAAAUAGCCUCAGUGGUUCUUCAGACAAAGCAACAAACUGGGUUAAAUUUGAUGAGGAGGAUGGCAGCAAAAAGCCUACCGAAGCGCCAGGUACAACCCCGGCAAAAAUCACGCAAGAUAAGGUUUCACCAGCAGUUCUGCCCACAGAAUCUGUUCAUAUCAGUGUUGAUUUGAGAACAUCGAACACUCCGAAACACAACAAUCAAGCCAAUACAAACACAUCGCCUGCGGUGAUCCAUUCUGCAAGCACCAUAACCAAAACAUCACAACCUGCGGUAAUAGAUAUACCAAAGCAAUCUGUUAAUGUAGUUCAACCGAUACAAUCCAUGCGCACGAUCGAGCUUUCCACAGGCCGGGUACGAGAAGGUUUCGCGAAUGGCGACGUAAUAGUAACACUGUUGCCAACGAAUACUCGUUGGCCCUGGAUCACACCGGCUGUGUUCCGUCCAGAGCUUGUUCCCGAAGAACUUAUGGCGCAGGGAUUAACGCUCACUGUCGAAGAGUAUGUCCACGCGAUGGAAACUCUUGUGAAUGACUACCGCUUCACCAUGUACAACAUUUGCUACAAACGAGUACUGGUCCUGUGGAUCCUGUUUGCCUUUAUCGUACUACUUGGUUUGCUGUUUUCCGGACUUUAUGGAAUCACACUAUUUUCUUUGGGAGUGGGCUGGCUGUUCCUGAAUGCGGCAGCAAUUUUUCUGUGCAUGUGGGUCAAGCUUCGUUUGGCGCGUGGUUUGGAGCGCUGCAUGGCAAGAGUGAACAAGCAGUUGAUAAGGCACAAGAUUCUCCUAGCGCUGGACGAUCGGGGCCACAUAUCCUGUCAUAAAGUAAACCUCUGUUUUCUGUACUUUGAGCCUUCCCAAUGUAUCAGCUAUUUGAAUGAAUUCAUCGAACGGAGUGAACAGAAUGGCAACACGAUCGAACCUGGAUGGGAGAGCCGAUUGGAUGUGUCCACAAAUGAUAUCGUGAUUCAAGGAGCGAACACGACUCGUCUAUCGAGAAAGCAGGAACGAGGUUUUUUGCUGUUGCUACGGUACGCAUCCAGGUGGGGGAACGAAUCGAUGCGUGGACUAAUUGAUGUAACAUCCCUUCAGCCAGCCCGCCAUUGCCGUCAGUUUCAGUGCCCUUGUCAAUAUAUCGAGUUUCAUCUCAAAUGCAAACCACGAGGCAAGUGCAAAUUUUGUAAUUUUCUUCAUUGGGUGACGGCUUCUGAACAGUAUGGGUAGUUUGGACACAGAGUGUUAAUUAGCUGGGCCUUUCAACUGUGAGCGGUUUGUGUUUGCAUGCUAGGUUAUUGGAAAGACAAGUGCCUUUUUAUUGACUGAAACGUUGAUUGUUUUCUUCAGCUGUCGCCAAGCUGAAUAAAAAGUAAACAGAAGUACGACGUACUUAUCGUAGAAUCCGAUUUAAUCGAUCUUGGUAGUGAAAAAUGUAAAACAUCACUUAUUGUAAUUUUAAUUAAUUGUUGUAUGGCUUUUUAUUCAAAUGCAUUUAAUAAGAAAUUAUUUACAAUACACAAUAUCCAUAUAAAAGAGCGCUCAGUAGUAGACAAAGUAUUGUGAUAAGCAAAAACACCGUAGUUUUAAUGGUAUUCGAUCGAUUCUGAUUCCGUCCAUGUGUACUUACUUAACUAUUACCGAUUGCUCAUAAUGCUAUUCAUUAGAACAUACGUGUAGAUUGUAUAGAAAGCGAAGAAAGUGGUGAAAUGCCGUACCAUACCAUUUAGAGUAAUAUAUUUUUAGAAUGUUAUUUUAUACAUAUAAGCAGCCGGGAAGGCAGUCAAUGUCAUCAAUAAAAUAUACAUGUUGAAGCUAAACUAUGUUUAAGUCUAUCUCUAAAAAUAGCACAUCCAUUCUUUCACUUUGCACAACCUAAUAAAAUAACACGGGACCAUACUUAAACUCACUCUCUACUCGGAACUGAGAAGUCUAUCAUCUCUAUGUACAUAGUAACCAAAAAAUUGAAGAAUAUACUACACGCCAUAUCGUGUGAAUACGAAUAUGAUUAUACAUUCUGUCAAAUAUAUCCCGGGAAAUUGUGUUUAAAAAAAAUGGUUCAAUUAUCAUCUAAAUUCUUAUGAUCGCCUUCAAAAUAUCCCCCAUCUGAAGCAAUACAGUUUUCCCUACAAACAAUCCAGUCAUCGAAACACUUUUAUGAA